AUGGCACAUCAGACUGAGAUUGUAUCCUCUACCGACAGUGACAGUAUACAACUUUCCAACGGUUCAACGCCCACCAUGAGUAUGCAUGAAAAUAAUGAUACCGAGAAAGGACUCGGGCCAUUGGAAAAAGACAUACAAUCACCUUCCGAGAAGUCAGUUGCUGCUGGUCCAGUACCCGCGACACCAGUGAUCGGUCCGCCACCUGAUGGAGGUACACAGGCAUGGCUGGUCGUCCUAGGAGCUUUCUGCGGUCUAUUCGUUAGUUUCGGCUGGAUCAAUUGCAUUGGAGUCUUCCAAGCAUACUACGAAAGUCACCAACUGAAGGAGUUCUCCACCAGUACAGUAACAUGGAUCACAUCGCUAGAAACCUUCACGAUGUUCUUCUGCGGCCCAAUGUUUGGAACCCUGUUCGACAGCUACGGCCCGCGCUGGAUCCUCCUCGUCGGCACAAUCCUCCACGUCUUCGGUCUAAUGAUGGCUUCCCUCUCAACAGAGUACUACCAAUUCAUCCUCGCGCAAGGAAUCUGCAGCCCAAUCGGCGCAAGCGCCAUCUUCAACGCCUCCGUCAACUCCGUCAGCACCUGGUUCGCUAAGCGUCGUGCUUUCGCCCUCGGCGUAACAGCCGCUGGAUCAAGUCUAGGAGGAGUCAUCUUCCCUAUCAUGGUCACCCAACUGAUUCCCAAAGUUGGGUUCCCGUGGGCGAUGAGAAUCUGCGCCUUCCUCAUUUUGUUCAUGUUGGGUAUCACCAAUCUCACCCUAAAGUCGAGAUUGUCACAUCGCCCGAAGCCAUUUGAUUUCCUGGGUUUCCUGAGGCCGUUGGCUGAACUCAAGUUUGCGCUUACGCUUGCUUCUGCCUUUUGCUUCUUUUGGGGCAUGUUUUUGCCAUUCACUUUUGUUAUCACCCAGGCUGAGAGAUAUGGCAUGUCUGCCAAUCUGGCCGGGUAUCUGAUUCCGAUUUUGAAUGCCUCUAGUAUCUUCGGCCGUACACUUCCAGGCUAUCUCGCUGACAAAAUCGGCCGCUAUAACAUGAUGGUUCUAACAACGUUCUUCUCGUCCAUCCUCGUUCUAGCCCUCUGGCUGCCAUCAAGGGGCAAUGCUCCGGCAAUUGUUUUCAGUGCCCUAUACGGCUUUGGCUCCGGUGCAUUUGUCUCACUUGCGCCAGCUCUUGUAGCGCAAAUCUCCGAUCUGCGUCAGGUGGGCGUGCGGAAUGGCACUUUCUUUGCUGUCAUCUCCUUUGCGGCCUUGACUGGUACUCCUAUUGGUGGUGCUUUGGUGCCAGAUGUUCUCCAUGACGAUUAUACCCGACUACAGAUAUUCGCUGGUGUUGUUAUGAUUGCUGGAUCUGUUAUGUUUGUUUUUGCCCGGGGCGCUGUUGGUGGGUUUAAACUUACGAAGGUGUAA